AUGUCUGAAUUAUACGUGAAAAUUUAUGAUGAUUUUAGAGCCAAUACGGACAAUCAGCGAGUGAUAAUCCACGUGAAGGAUGUGAACGAUGAGCCUCCUUACUUCAUCAACCGUCCGUUACCGAUGCAGACUGUUGUGCAGCUCAACGCUGCUCCAAACACCCCUGUCUUCACUCUACAAGCUCGCGAUCCUGACACAGACCACAACAUCCAUUACUUCAUCGUCAGAGACAGAACUGGAGGAAGGUUCGAGGUAGAUGAGCGGUCUGGUGUCGUGAGGACACGAGGAACCGAUCCCUUCCAACUGGAUAUGGAAUACGUACUAUACGUCAAGGCUGAAGAUCAGAAUGGCCGUGUCGAUGAGCGAAGAUUCCAGUCAACUCCUGAGGAGCGGCUUAGUAUUGUGGGUGGCAAACGAGCUCCCCAGUUCUACCUGCCUAGCUACGAAGCCGAAAUUGCUGAAAACCAGAAGAAGGAUUCUGAUAUCAUCUCAGUAAAGGCGAAGUCUUUUGCUGACCGCGAGAUUCGCUACACGUUGAAGGCUCAAGGUCAGGGCGCUGGUACCUUUAACAUUGGACCUACAUCAGGAAUCGUGAAGCUCGCCAAAGAACUGGACUUCGAAGACUUGAGACAACCACACGUGUACUCUCUUGUGGUGACAGCUACCGAAGAUUCUGGAGGUUUCUCUACUUCUGUUGAGCUAACGAUUCGCGUGACAGACGUAAACGAUAACGCGCCAAAGUUCGAGUUACCCGACUACCAGGCGCACAACGUCGACGAAGAUAUUCCAUUAGGAACCAGCAUUCUUAAAGUCAAAGCAAUGGACGCUGACUCCGGGAAAAAUGCCGAAAUCGAGUAUUUAGUUUCAGACGAUCACUUCAGUGUGGAUUCGAACGGCAUCAUCACAAACAACAAGCAACUGGACGCAGACAACAAUAACGCUUACUAUGAGUUUGUGGUCACAGCCAAAGACAAGGGAGAACCAGCCAAAACCGGAACAGCAACUGUCCGAGUUUAUACCAAGAACAAGAACGACGAGGAACCUAAAUUCUCUCAACAAGUAUACACUCCCAAUGUCGAUGAAAAUGCUGGUCCCAACACGCUGGUCACGACUGUCGUAGCUUCUGAUAAAGAUGGUGACAACGUACGCUUUGGCUUCGUCGGCGGCGGCACCAGCUCCGGCCAGUUCGUAAUCGAAGAAAUCACUGGUGUCAUCCGACUACACAAUAAGGCCAUAUCUCUUGAUAGAGAUAAAUACGAACUUAAUGUAACCGCUAUGGACGACGGCGCGUGCUGCGUCAACGGUGAUGCUACAAUCCACACCUCCACAGCUGUCGUAGUCGUAUUCAUAACAGAUGUAAACGAUAACAAGCCAAUAUUCAAAGACUGCCCAACCUACUUCCCUAAAGUGGAAGAGGGAGCUCCAAACGGUAGUCCUGUUAUAAAAGUCCACGCCACAGACGAAGAUAAAGGCGUAAACGGUCAAGUAAAAUAUUCUAUAGUACAACAACCAAAUCAGAAAGGCACCAAAUUCACUGUCGACGAAGAAACUGGUGAAGUGUCCACUAAUAAAGUGUUCGAUCGAGAAGGCGACGACGGUAAAUUCGUAUCAGUGACGGUAAAGGCAACAGAUCAAGGAGAGCCUUCCUUAGAAGGUGUUUGCUCAUUCACUGUUGAGAUCACCGACGUUAACGACAACCCUCCACUGUUUGACCGACAAAAAUAUGUGGAGAACGUAAAACAAGACGCCAGUAUUGGCACAAACAUAUUGCGAGUGUCCGCAUCUGACGAGGACGCCGACAAUAACGGCGCCAUUGUUUAUACUUUGAGCGCGCCCUAUAACCCUGCUGAUAUUGAGUAUUUUGAGAUCCAGCCCGAAUCGGGUUGGAUCGUUUUAAAGAAGCCUCUCGACCGGGACAGGUACCGACUGCGCGUGCGCGCCUCCGACAGAGGCGACCCGCCCUCCUCCGCAGACGUGGACGUUGAAUUAGACGUGGUAGACAGGAACAAUAAGCCCCCCAUCUGGGACAUGACCACGUAUGGCCCCGUUCACAUCAAAGAGAAUGUCACAGUGGGUACCGUAGUGACCAGUGUGAAAGCCAGGUUGCGAGAAACGUACAAGUUGGAGGCUAUGGCUCAAGACAAGGGUUUCCCGCCCUUGUCCAGAACCGUGGAGGUCCAGAUAGACGUAGUGGAUCGCGCGAACAAUCCCCCCGUGUGGGACCACACCGUGUAUGGCCCGAUCUACAUUCGAGAGAAUUUACCCGUGGGUGCCAAAGUGGUGUCCGUGAAAGCAAGUUCGGGUAUUGAGAACAACCCGACCGUGUUUUAUCGGCUCAUGCCCGGCUCCACGGCCCAGACCAACAAAUUCCACACAUUCUAUUUACAACAAAGGGCAGACAAUGGAUUUACAUGGGCCGAUAUAAAAGUUAACCACCCACUCGACUACGAGAGUAUCAAGGAGUACAAUCUUACGAUCCGAGUGGAGAACAAUGGCGCCCAGCAACUGGCUUCCGAAGCGACGGUCUACAUCAUGCUUGAAGACGUGAACGACGAGAUCCCCCUGUUCACUGAGCGGGAACAAGAGACGGUGCUUGAAGGGGAACCCAUCGGGACCAAGGUGACGCAGGUCAACGCUAUCGACAAGGACGGAACAUUCCCUAAUAACCAGGUGUACUACUACAUAGUGGAUUCUCCGCGGAACGAAGGCAAGGAUUUCUUCGAGAUCAGCAUGCAGACUGGUGAAAUCUUCACGAAGGUGGUGUUCGACAGAGAGAAGCAAGGGGCGUACGCGCUGGAGGUGGAGGCCCGCGACGGAGCACCCUCGGCACGGCCCAACUCCGACAACCAACACAACUCAGGUAUUCACGAGACGAAUUCGGGUAAUUUGAAAGAUUUCCACAGACGAUGCGGCGACGCGCGACGAGAAGCGAAAUUUUUGCUAAAUCGUCAAGUCGACACGAGCGGGUUUAUAGGGGCCAUAAGUUCCAGAAAUCACUCGCCACGGCCCUCAUAA